AUGGGGCUCGCGGUCUCUCCGGGGCGUGCUUACACUGCCCUUGAAGAAAAACUGAAAGCUGAAGAAUCUGCUGGUGACACACGGUACAGUUUUUUCAACGCCAAUCUUGACAUCGUAACCCGCGCCGAUAACUUUUCACACUUGCAAUCGACUUGCGAGACGUUUAAGAGCUUUAAAGAGACGGGUGUUCAUGAAGGAUUGUGGUGGCUUCAUGUCGCUUCGCCAUCCGAUGACGAUAUUGAAUCUUUGUCGCGCAUGUUCAGUCUCCACCCUCUGACCACCGAGGAUAUCAAGGUCCGCGAACUCCGUGAGAAAGUUGAGCUCUUUGGCUCUUACUACUUCGUUUCCGUCCUUCCUCCACGGCCGCUUGGACUCAAGACCGUCCCCGACUCCUCAGCCAAUUUCUACGGCAUUGUCUUUCCGGAGGGAAUCCUCAGCAUCUCAUUUGGUGGUGGUCAGGAUCCUGCCCAUGUUUGGAAGCGGAUAAAGGAACAUCAGAGCCUUUUCUCUCCGACGAGUGAUUGGAUUUGCUAUGCGCUCAUGUAUGUCGCUUUUCUUGCGGAAAUUGGGCCCCAUGCUGAUGACCGUAGUGAUGAUAUUGUGGAUGGCUUUGCCCCAUUAAUUAACCAUGUGCAGACCGGCGUUGAGAUGAUGGAGGAUGGCCUAUCUGUCACGCGCCCCGAUGAUAUCGGUUUGGCUCUUCAGAGCAUCUCGAAGUGGCGUAAGGAUGUCAUCCAGAUCCGCCGACUUCUGCACGACAAAACCGAUCUUAUUCGAUGCUUUGCCCGUCACUGCAGUUACUCGGUAGCCACAGCUGCGGAAAUCACCCUUUAUCUCCGUGAUAUUCAAGAUCACGUCUUGACGAUGAUGUCUAACCUGACCAGUGCCGAGCAAAUGCUUUCGCGGUCGCAAUCUAAAUAUCUGGCAAAGGAUUUCCAAUACACGACCCCUGUGCUAGCUUUCGAUGAGAGUAAGGAUGAUACCCAGAUCCUGGCUUCGAAGGCAUACCACUAUCUUGCAGCACCGCAGGACAUCAAACUUCGCAUCUUGACUCUUCAAUCUAUGCGGCAUGAUCUUGGUGUAUCAAACCGACCCCUCAUAAUAUGGGAGCCGUCUCCUUUGGCAUGCAAUCCGGAGAAUCUACAAGCGUGUCUAGAAGCAGCACAAUAUGUGGAUGUUCUUAGUCCUAAUCAUCUCGAGCUGGCGAAACUUUUCUCACAGGCGCCACAGGCUGCUUUCAGCAAAAGCAGGAUCGAGGAGCUGGUAUCGAAAUUGCUGGAUCGCGGGGUUGGACCAGAUCGAGCUGGUGUGGUCGUUGUUCGAGCUGGUGAGCAUGGCUGUCUUGUGCAAUCACGAAACAUAUCUCCUAAAUGGCUUCCCCCAUUCUAUGGAUCUGGUUCCGUCGAAGGAAUGGCUUCUUCAGUGGUUGAUCCGACUGGAGCCGGGAAUGCGUUUCUGGGUGGAUUUGCUGUAGGGUACAUUCAAACAGGAGAGGCUAUACAGGCCGCUUGCUAUGGAAGCGUUGCUGCAUCAUUUACAUUGGAACAGAUAGGCAUGCCGGAGGUGGAUAAAGGCGAUACUGAGAUGUGGAACGGGGUCAGUGUGCAGGCAAGGCUACGGCAGUACAUGUCGAGAGAGGAAGUCCAGAAGCAGAUAGAAACCAAAUAG